CCACCUGUUGGCUUUUUCUGUCAAGCCAGCUAAGUAAAUAGUUCUUGGGGAUGGUUAUAGAUAGGACUUUAUUCACCUAAGACGUCCGAACCUGGGGCUUGUUUCUCUAAUCCUCAGGGCGGAAGCGAUAGCCUCAAUUUGUGAUUCAAACACGUUCCUCAGCUUAUUCCUGGACCUCCUACUUUGUUGGCUUCCUCUUAGGGCCCCUUUCCCUCAUGGAUGCAGUAUGGACUAGCCCGCAUCUUCCUUUUCAAGUGAAGAGUCCUGGUUUUCUGCACAGCCUAGUUCCUGUCCCUGCUUUUUCUUACUGAUAUGACUUAGGCCCUCAAUACCAGCUCCUCAUGAUGGAACUGAGCACUCUUCCACAAGGCCCCAUGGCCUCAAGGCCUCUGGCCUUUCCCAGAGCAGUUUCUCAGAGGGGCCCAGUGGCUGAAUGACACCCGAUGGUUCAACAAUCACUAUGAUCAGACACAGCAGUGUUUAUGCCAAGAAUUUGGCUGAAGGGUUCUCCAAGGCUUCCAACCCUUACAAAACAUCAUCAGAGCUUUUGCUAAGAAAAAGCUUCCCCUUAGAAUCAGCGAGGAGCAGAUUAUUUGAAACAAAGAAGAGCAACAUUACAAGAAUGAAAUAACUUGGCAUCACCUUUGAAUGAUGGAGAAAACCAGGGUUUGGCAGCCAUGGCUUUUCCCCGCGUAAGGCUGGUUGUCACCGCUGAUGACUUUGGUUAUUGCCCGCGGCGCGAUGAGGGCAUCGUAGAGGCCUUCCUGGCAGGAACUGUGACCAGCGUGUCACUGCUGGUCAACGGCACAUCUGCAGAGAGUGCGGCCGAGCUGGCCCGCAGGCACAGCAUUCCCACGGGUCUCCACGCCAACCUGUCUGAGGGCCGUCCGGUGGGCCCGGCCCGCCACAAUGCCUCGUCGCUCCUCAGCCCAGAAGGCUUCUUUCUCGGCAAGAUGGGAUUUCGGGAGGCCUUAGCGGCUGGAGACGUUGCUUUGCCCCAGGUGCGGGAGGAACUAGAAGCUCAACUUAGCCGCUUCCGGGAGUUGUUGGGCAGGUCCCCCACGCACGUGGACGGUCACCAGCACGUGCAUGUGCUCCCAGGCGUGUGUCAGGUGUUCGCCGAGGCGCUGCAGGCGUACGGGGUCCGCUUCACUCGGCUGCCGGCAGAACGUGGCGUGGGCAGCUGCGCGUGGCUCGAAGCGCCAGCGCGCGCCUUCGCCUGCACGGUGGAGCGCGAUGCCCGGGCCGCCAUUGGCCCCUUCUCUCGCCACGGCCUGCGGUGGACCGAUGCCUUUGUGGGCCUAAGCACUUGUGGCCGCCAUAUGUCUGCUCACCGAGUCUUGGGGUCACUGGCACGGGCCCUGGAAGAUAUCCCUGCUGGCCACGCCCUGACUGCCGAGCUGAUGGCACAUCCCGGAUACCCCAGUGUACCUCCAGCAGGGGGCUGCGGUGAGGGUCCAGAUGCAUUCUCUUGUUCUUGGGAGAGGCUGCAUGAGCUGCACGUUCUCACAGCACCCACUUUGCGGGCUUGGCUGGCCCAAAAUGGUGUGCAGCUCUGUGCCAUUGAUGACCUGGAUUCCAAAAGGCCGGGGGAAGGGGUCCCCUUGUGAGGCAACUCUGGAACCUUUCCUGGAGCCUUCCGCACUCAGACACCGAAGGCCAGCUACAAACUGCCUAAUCACUAUGGAGAAAGGCCAGGGCUAAAGCUCUAGUUCAGUUAGACCUAGGUCUGACUUCCCAGAGUGAAAAGCCACUGAUCCAGUUCCCAGGUCCUCUAGGCUGCCCACCUUGGGCAGCCUUGCCUGGCUGCAGGAAGGCCCAGUCUGUGACAUCCGGACAUAAGGCCAGCUAAGCGUUUAUUUCGUGCCAAUUCAUAUUGCCGUUAUAACCACUUGUUUACGAGCAAUGGGAAGAGGCUGGUGUGUUAAUAAAAUAAUGUCUUUCAGA